GCGGAGGAUAUUGGAGGAAGGUAUUUUGAUGUUUUAGUCAAGAAAUCUUUCUUUGACAAGAUUCAAUUUCAACAUAUAACAUAUUACAAAAUGCACGAUUUACUACAUGAGUUGGCACAGUUUGUUUCCACACAAGAAUGCUUUAGAGUUGCUGGUGAUGAAGAGUUGCUUUUUACAAUUCCUGAAACGAUUCGACACUUGUCUGUUGAUACUAGCAAUUUAAAAGUGCUAAAAAAGAUUGGGAAAUUUAAAAAUUUGCGUACGCUUUAUUUGUAUUAUAAAGAAGAUGAUCAAGAUCUUGAUGAUGUACUUGCUCAAAUUUUCAAAGUAUCCAAAAGCAUCCGAUCGCUGUACAUUUAUGCUCCGUGCCUAAAAAUGAUACCUGAGGCAAUUGGACAUCUUAUACAUCUUCGAUACUUGAAUAUUUUUCAAACUUUACUGCCAAGAUCUUUAAGCAAUCUAUAUCAGUUGCAAUUCAUAAUCUAUGAAUCUGGGCAGCUUAUUCCUCACAAUUUCUUACCGAGGGACAUGAAUAACCUUACAAAUAUGCAUUACAUGCAAUUGCCUUGGGAUGAUUUUUCUGGAAUGCAUAGAAUUGGAAAGUUAAACUCUCUUCAACAACUAGAUGGAUUUUAUGUCAAAAAUGAGAAUGGCUUCAGAAUUGUUGAGCUGGAGCAUAUGAAUGAGCUUCACCAAUUAAGAAUCAAACUUCUUGAAAAUGUGAAGGAUGCCAAGGAUGCUUGUCGUGCCAAAUUGCAUGACAAGAGAAACCUCAUAGAUUUGUCCUUAGAAUGGGGUGAAAUUAGAAACAUUCUAGAUGCUGACUUAGAUGAGAUGGUACUUGACAACCUUCGACCACACAACAAACUAAGGAAAUUAAGGAUAAACGCAUACAUGGGUGCCAGGUCUGCAAUUUGGAUGAACGAGGACCAUCUUAUCUACAAUCUAGAGCGCAUCCAAUUGGAUUGCUGCUUAGAAUGGCAAACUCUUCCACCUUUUGGGCGGCUUCCCUUCCUUAAGUCUUUGUACCUUGAAAACAUGCCAAAAGUUAAACGGCUUGAUGAUAAAUUUCAGAGGGAUGACUCGGAUUGUGUCUUUGCUUCGCUAGAGGUGUUACACAUCGAGAGAUUAGAAGCAUUGGAGGAUUGGUUUGACUCAACAUUACCAGCAGCAGAUGAUCGUUUGUUUCCUUGCUUAAUUGAACUGUACCUGAAGGACUGCCCAAAAUUGCAAGAGUUGCCCUCUUUGCCUCCUAAGCUCACGAAAUUAGAGAUAGAUAACAUUGGGUGGAAAACUUUCAACUUGCUACAAGGCACUAGCAAUUGUUACAUCAUUUCAAGCCUUGCAGCAAUAAGAGACUUGACAAUUCGAAAUUGUGGUGAUCUGAUCUAUCUCAAAGGACUGAAAUAUUUGGGGACUACAGAGAAUUCCCAGCUCAUACUCAACGAACUCAUUAUUAAGGAUCCAUCAGUGUUGCUAAUGGAGCCAUUGAGCAGUAUCACCUCCAUUCAAAAGCUAACAAUUAAGGGUAAUGAUGAGUUGGUUUCAUUUACAGUUGAGACAGAGCAGUGGUUUCUCCAAGUUAGCUCAUACCUUCGCGAGCUGAACUUUAUAAGUCUGAAAUCUCUGCAAUAUCUCCCUUCCUCAUUGGCAAGCCUCUCUUCACUUAAAAUUUUAUGCGUGCGAGAGGUUCCUCAUCUGCAGCUAUUACAAAACAUCCCCGCAUUUCUGGAACAUUUAGAACUUAGCCACAUCGAAUCAUUGAAGUGCUUACCAUCUUCUUUGUCCAACUCUUCUAUCAAGUAUCUUGAACUAAAAUGCAUUUCAGUCCAAAAAUUGCCAGAUCUCCCUCCCUCUUUGUGUGAACUGCAUCUAGUAUAUCUUCAUGGCCUUGAUUGUCUGCCUUCUUGUAUUCCUAGACUUUCAUUUCUCCAAAAACUUUACAUUAAUAUGGUUCCUCAGCUUCGGGAAUUACCAGAACUCCCUCCCUCUUUGUGUUUAUUGUACCUAUAUCACCUUCAUAACCUGGAUUGCUUGCCUUCUUGCCUUCCUAGCCUUUCUGCUCUCCAAGAACUUCACAUUGAUAUGGUUCCGCAGCUUCGGAAAUUGCCAGAACUCCCUCCGUCUUUGUGUGUAUUGUAUCUACAACUUCUUGAGAACCUGGAUUGCAUGCCUUCUUGCCUUCCUAGCCUCUCUUCUCUCCAAAAACUUUACAUUUAUAGGAUUCCUCAGCUCAAGGAAUUACCAGACCUCCCACCCUCCUUGAAAUCUCUGUCAAUACUCUACUGCCAUCCCGACUUGAAGGAGCGCUACCGAAAGUUUGUCGGUUCUGAUUGGCACAAGAUAGCUCACAUUCCUUAUGUCAAUCUUCCUACCUAGUAGGACCACUUGCUUUAAUGAAAUUUUCUAAUCUAAUGCCGGUUUACAAGUGUGGGAAUUGAAAAAAAAAAAAAAAA